AUGCUGUAUGUUACUAGUAUUCAAAUAUACAAGGGACUGGACAUUGUUACAGCAAAAGCAACCCUCCAAGAACGGCAGCUGGUUCCGCAUCAUCUUUUGGAUAUUCUAGAACCACACCAGAACUUCACUGUUGUGGACUUCAGAAAUAGAGCAUUGAAAAUUAUAGAUGAAUUAACUAAGGAAAAUAAAGUACCAAUAAUAGUUGGUGGUACAAACUAUUAUAUAGAAUCCAUAAUUUACAAAAUCCUUGUGGAGGACAUGAAUGACACCAAUGCGUUGCUAUGGGAUCAAAGUAAAAGGAAAAGAGAUUCCGCAGGUGAAGAGACGGAAACUAAUAAAAAACAAGCUGUAGUAUCUGAAGGUUCAAACAGCACUCCAGAAUCUAAGGAUAUAAAAAAAGACGUGGAAGUAAACAGAGAUAAAAUACAAGAAGAUGUUGAUAACGAAGCGAAAUUGUCAAAUGAGGAGAUCCACGCAAUAUUGAAAGCGAUAGAUCCGAAGAUGGCAGCUCGUCUACAUCCGAACAACAGGCGGAAAGUGUUAAGGUAA